AUGGAGAGAAUUUUUGUCAACACUCCUCCACCAUUCGAUGGAACUGGUUAUGAGGAUUGGAAAUUGAUGAUGCAAGCGUUUAUUAGUGCACAAUAUAGCAAAUCCUGGCGAUGUAUCGUAGUAGGCUGGUAUCCAUCGUUAGAGGAAGAUGCAAAGGCUAAAGCUGCGGCAGAUUCGUCUGAUGAUGGUGACUCUAAAUCAAUAGAGAAACAAAGCAUCAAAGACUUCUCCAAAUGGACUCCAGAGGAAAUUGCAUAUAGCGAGGCUGAAAAUAAAGCUAAGAAUGUUCUCUAUCAUGCACUGUCCAGAGAUGAACGUCAGCAAAUCAAGCAUUGUAAAAAUUCAAAAGAAGUGUGGGAUGCGUUGCAGACAAAUUAUGAAGGUAAUAACAAGGUUAAAAAACAUAAAUUGCAAUUAUUACUAAAGGAAUUUGAAAAUUUGCAGAUGAAAGACGAUGAAACGAUCGAUCAAUAUCACAAAAGGGUGAUCACCAUUACUAGAGCCAUUUGUUCAUUAAGUGUUCGAAAAACUAUUCCUGAGGAUGAAAUUGUUCUGAAGGUUCUAAGGUCGCUUCCUUCGAGGUUUGAGACAAAAGCCAUCACAAUCUCAUAUGCAUAUGAUCUUGAUGAGUAUACUCUGGUGGAGUUGAUUGGGAACCUUAGAAUCUAUGAAGCUGACCUAAUGGCAAAAGAUCAGAAGAAAGUAAAGAUUGUUGCGUUCAAAGUUACAAAAAAGGUAGAGCCUUCUGAAACUCAAGAUCUCUCUACAGCCGAGAAGCAAAAGGAUGAAGAGAAGAAGGCUUUGAAGUCGUCAUGGAGCGAUGAUGAUGAGGAAGAACAUAAUGUAGCCUUUAUUGGUUCUGUCAGAUAUGGUGAUAGCACCAGUGACGAAUUAUCUAAUGAUGAAGACGAAGAAGUGGUUGAAAAGCAGAAAGUUGAUCGUACGGAUAUGGAAAAGCAAUUCAAAGCAUUGCAGAAACUGUGGAUACAAGAAAAGGAGGAAAUGACGAAAAAGGCAAAUAAACUUAAAAAGAGUCAUUCCUUAAAUGACUGGUCAGAAGAAAAAAGAGUUAUGAAUUUAGAGAUGGAAUCUCUCAAACAACAGGAAAAGUUGUGUAGCAGUGAAGAUAAGCUGAAGAAGUUUCAAUUCAGCUCAGACACGGUAUCUAAAAUAAUCAAAAAUGUAAGACCGUUUGGCAGCACAGAAGGACUUGGAUAUUCCAAGUUGAAAGACACUUUUGUAAGAGAAAAUAAGGAUGUUGAGGAGAUUGCCACUCAAAGCAAGUAUACCAGUAAGGUUAAUUUUGCAACCCCUUCAGAUUUGAAGGAAAAUAAUGACAAGUAUGGCUCUAAAUUUAUACAUACAUGUCACUUCUGUGGUCAGAUUGGACAUUAUAAAUCAAAAUAUAGCAAGCUAAGAAGAAAUCGUUCUGAAGAUAGAUUCACCUUACUUAAGACAACUUUAAAUGAGCACAUGAAAAUGAUACAGGAACUAACCAACCUGGUUAAAGAAACUAAAUAUUCUAAAAGGAAUCAGAACAGGGAAAGCUAUUAUGAUGCUUCUUGCUUAUCUGUGUGUCUAGACAUUUCUGAUAAUAAUGAAGAACUUGAUUUGCUUCCCACUAUUGCUAUUUGUAAUGUUGCACUUACUGCACUUGCUGAUAGAAAAGAGGAUAUGUGGUAUGUAGACAGUGGUUGCUUGAUACAUAUGACAGGUAACAAGAACUGGUUUUCUAAAUUUGAUGACCAGUUCACAACAGGGAAUGUCACUUUUGGUGAUGGAAGAAAAGCCAAGGUUCUUGGUCAAGGGACUGUUACUGCUUCUAAUAUUCCAACUCUCACCAAUGUUUAUUAUGUAGAGGGUCUAAUAGCAAAUUUGAUGAGUGUCAGUCAGCUUGCUGAUGGACAUGCAGAUGUUUGGUUCAACAGAAAACAAUGUGUUGUUCUAGAUAAUGGAAAAAUGUGUGUCAUGAAGGGAGUAAGGGAACAAGAUAAUUGUUAUCAUAUCUAUGCUAAUCAUGAAGUUACACCAACCAACUGUUUUACAGGUUCUACAAAUGAAGAGGAGUUGAACUUAUGGCAUAGAAGGCUUGGACAUGUGAAUUUCCAGGAUUUGGUAAAUAUUUCAAACAAGGAGUGCAUCAAAGGCAUUCCUAAACUCAAAGGAACUACUACUUUAAUGUGCAAAGGAUGCAAACUAGGUAAGCAAAUAAAAACUCCUCACAAAGUGAUCCACUCAGUUAUCACUACUAAGGUUCUCGAACUUCUUCACAUGGACCUUAUUGGACCAGCUCAGCCGGAGAGCAAUGGAGGUAAGAGCUAUAUAUUAGUAGUAGUAGAUGAUUUUUCCAGAUAUACCUGGCUCAAUUUUCUUAAAGAUAAAACUGAAACUUUUGAUGUGUUUCAAACAUUAAGCAAGACAGUGAUAAAUGAGAAAAGCAAAGAUAAUGUGAAAAUCAUUAGAAUCAGGACUGAUAAUGGUACAGAAUUCAAGAAUUCUAUGUUUGAUAUGUUUUGUUCUGAACAAGGAAUUUUCCAUGAGUACUCAGCACCUAUCACACCACAACAUAACGGUGUAGUAGAAAGAAAAAAUAGAUCUCUGCUUGAAAUGGCCAGAGUCAUGUUACAUUAUGCCGGUAUAAAGACCACGUUUUGGGCUGAGGCGGUAAGUACUGCAUGUCAUACCAUAAAUCGAGACAUCUUGAGAACAGGUACCGAUAAAACACCUUAUGAGCUGUGGAAAGGCAAACAACCCAAUAUAAAGUAUUUUCAUGUUUUCGGUAGUCCUUGUUUAAUUUAUAAAGAUCGUGACUACCUAUCUAAAUUUGAACCUCGAAGUGUGCCUGGUGUUUUCUUGGGUUAUUCAGUGAAUAGUCGAGCGUAUAGGGUGUUUAACAAGGAAACUAAAUCAGUUGUUGAAACUAUUAAUGUUGCUAUAGAUGACAACUACAUUAGACAUGUUGAUGAAGAUAUGGAUUUAUUUCCACUUAUUUUGAAGGAUGCUAACACUGAAGUGCAGGAUAUAGAUCAAAAUCAAAACGAUAAAGAAAUAUAUGGUGCACAGGAAGUCAUAAGACCUGGAUAUCGAUAG